AUGCUGCGAGUGGAGGUGAUGCCAGGAUGCGGAAUCCGGAAUGAUUACAUCGAGUUACUUCUGGGAAUGCCUAUAAAUCAAGCGAUCGCUGCCAUACAGAAUGCAUCACGCCAUAUUCAGAAUGUUGAACUGACUUACUCUUCCAAGGAACCUUUAUCAAGAGAUGUAAUGAUACGACUGGCAAAAGAUGGUGUGCGACUCUAUUUUGAACCUAACUCGCAGCUGCUAAAGCUGAUUGAAGUGUACGACUUGUCAAACAUUAUCUUACAGUAUGGUGGUGUGGUAUUCUCUAGUCCUAAAGACGAAGCAGAUGUAAAUAAAGUGGAAGGUUGUUUUGGCGCCACACAUCCUGGAGUUUAUGUUGCUGAACAAAGUUUGUAUGAAUUGAGCUGGAAAGGAUUAUCAUUCAGUUUCCCCACUCUAAAUGAAGUUUCGAAAGUGCAAACUUCAUCGGUCGAUGCUACUGGCUUAGGAUCAUUGCAGUUCCGAAGUAAUUCUCCACCACUUCUUGCAAAAAUGGCCAUUUAUCCCGACUCCUACAACUCACCGAAACCACCAAGAAUCUCAGCAGCUUCACUCUGUGGUGUUAUAUGUCCAGUUGAAGUGAAAUCCAUUAGUGAUGGAAGCAGAAUUUCAGGCUUAUUUUUCAUCUUUGCUGCAGAAACCCCACUGCCGGAUAGUUCGAGUCGAAAACAAGCUUUCGGUUUAAGGAAAAUCGAACAGUCCAUUUUUUUCGGCGAUACUGCCGAGAGUGUUUUAUCAUCGCUCGGUGCUCCAUCUAAAGUAUUUUACACGAAAGCGGAUCGAAUGUUAAUUCAUCGAGGGGAAGAUUCAAGAAAAUUGCGUGGACCGCGCCCUAAUUAUUUCUUCAAUUAUUUUUCUCUAGGACUGGACAUUCUAUUCGAUUGUAUCACUAACCGUGUCCAGAAAUUUGUCCUACAUACCAAUUUGCCAGGCCAUUUUGACUUUGGAAUAUAUGCACGCUGUAACUUCUGUGUUACUAUUAAUGGUGGUCCAACCAUUACUCCUUCGUCAAAGCGAGAAGACUUUUUUGGUGCUUUCUGUGGUGAUACAGCUGUACAGCCAGUGGUGCUUAGUAGGAGUGGGACUGAAAAUCCAUUUGGGUCAACUUUCUGCUAUGGAACUGAUCAAGUUAUUGUCGAGGUGAUGGACAAUGGAUUUAUAGCAUCAGUUACCCUUUUUUAG